CUCGCGCAGGGGGGCUGACAGACCGGUUAUCGCGCUCCAUCCGUGAUGACCGCAUUUCUUAAGGGCAGCGCGAGCUGUGGCUUCAUGCGCACGCUCGCUCACUCCCUUUUGAGUCAUUUGGUGAGAGCAGGACGUGCCGAUCCCUGUCCGUUCCGCUAGACUGCUGAAAAAAAGAGAGAGGCGGCGAAAAAGAGGAAAAAGUCACAGUAUUGUGUGUGUGUGAAUAAUCCGGGAAUCCAUCUUUAAAACAGAACCGUGAAGACGUGCUCGUCACGCGGGCAUGUAAACGCGCAAAGAGGCAACGAACGAACCUCGGAAACGUGAGUUUUAGAGAAUUAUCGAAUCGGUGGGAUGAGCGUGGAGCAGGGCAGGUUUGAAGGAAUGAUACGCAAGAGAAACGGCACGAUGAGCGUCAUGAGCGGCAGCGCGAACUCCACAGUCACGCAGCCUCCCGGUGGACGGAGCCGCGGAGACUCGCGCUACCCGCAGUACGCGCCCCAUCAGAGCGGUACGAUGAUGGUGAAACCCCAAAACGAGCCGGCGGACCUGGUCAAACGAGCCCUGGACUUCAAGACGCAGGGCACGCAGUGCUACAAGGAUAAAAAAUACCGCGAGGCCAUCGGCAAGUACCACCGC